AUGUGGGGUGUAAAAAAGAAGUCAUAUAACUGUGAGAGAUGUGGGAAUGACUUUGUUAGCCGUGCGGCUCUGAGGUAUCAUUUUCAUGCUAAACAUCUUGGGAAGAUUCAUUGUGAAACAUGCAGUGCAGAGAUGUUAUGGGAGGCUCCUUUACGUGACUCAAAGGCGGAGCAUGAAGUGGUGCUGGUGAACAAUCAAAGGAGUUGCUGGAAUAUAACACUGAGAAGGGAAACAAAAUUUGUGGCCAUGGGAACAGCCACCUCUUGCAGAAUGUGCUGCAAGCAGUUUGGAUCAGUCCAUGCCAGGGAACACCACGAGAAACAGAAGCACCACUUUACAGCCAAUAAAAGAGCUCAAAUGGCCACUAACUUUAAGCCUGAAACCUUCUUGGAGUAUACAACACCAAUGGAGAUAAAUACAUUUGUGAAAGAAAAACUCAGAGCCAGUUUGGGUCCUGUAAGGCAAGCCUGUACAUCAGAAGUUGAAGGCAUUAUUACAUUUAUCAAAGAAAAUUUUCCAUUGCCAAUAACUUCCACUAUCAAGGGUGGUUCAUAUGUGAAAGGAACAGACACCCAAGACUUUUCUGAUGUGGACAUAGUUCUUUUUAGCAAAACUUUUUCCAGUUUAGAAGACUGCCAAAGGACAACUCCAGAGGUCCUAGAAGAGUUAGGAAAUUCCCUGAUAAAAUCCUCAUGGACAAGCAGGUUAGUCAUGCAGAAAAGGACAAAGUUUUCCUUGAGGUUCUAUUUUAAGUGUUAUAAAAAUCAUCAUGGUCACUCAUUUGACAUCAUGCCUUGCUAUGACAUGUUUGCAUCUGUGUUAUCAACAGGUCCAAAAGAGAGCUUUUAUUACAAGCUAUACCUUUGCAGUGAUGAUGAUAAGAUCCAGCUGUAUACCAUGGCUUUAUUGAAAUACCAAGUUGAAUUUGUCAAAGCAUCAACAGAAAUGGUGAAGGAUUUCAUACGUUUAAUGAAGCACUGGUUCAAAACUUCAUUUGCUGAACCAACCGAAGAAAAUAAGUAA